AUGAUCUGUGCCGCACAGAUCCUGCAGGCGCAGUGGCAGAGGGGCAAGGCACCGGAGCGGAGCCGCUUCCAACGGCUGGGGGCAGCCGGACCACCCACACACGAGGCCAGGCUGUUGGCGGACUCGCUGGCGCAGGGUUUGGGAUGUGGGGUUUGCCAGCAGCUGAUGAAGAGCUUGUGGGAAGACUUGGCGCGGCCGACAGCCACCAACCUGCGGGAAGUGAUCUCCAAGGGCUGUCCCUUCCUGGUGAAGAAACAUCUUCUACGACAGGGCUGGGCUGCCUCGAGCGGUGCGCUUUGCGAGGGGGCCGGCCGACGGGCGGCGGACGGUGAAGCUUGGUGCUUCCUGCAGGACACCCUUUCAGAGUCGGUGGAGCACCCUGAGCUGGCCGAGCACUAUGAUCCAGCCAAGGAUUCAUUGAUGUUAGCCUGUGAAGACACUAUCUCCUACCACAUGGAGAGGGUGAUCUUCUAUUUGACUCAACCUGGCCUCCUCCACGAAGCACAAGUUCGAAACGAAGCACUCAUGCGAAACGUCUGCGUGGAAGCCGCAUGCUGCGAGUGA